AUGUACAUUAGCGAUGAGCGGGACAAAGGCCUAGAAUUCGUAAAUUGCGUACAAUCUCGUAAUCGCGCUUUGAAUGGUGCCUCUCUUUUAAAUCUCGAGACUUAUGGAGCGUUUGAUAACUAUAGGAAGUUCUUUACGGAUUCUAAUCAUCUCCCUGUUUCCAGAGAAACUCCUAUGAAUCUCGGCUCGUCGAUGGUGGAAUUGCAGAAUGAUCCUAGAUGUGCUAAUUUAUUGGGAUCCCCCUAUUCCCCUAGCCUGCCCGAAAGACCUUACAAUCGGCCCGAAUUUGGUAGCUCGCAGUUGAGUCCUCAAUUUUACAGAGCCAACGGGAAUGCAAAAUUUCCUAGUGCAACUCUGUGGAUGCUCAUUGCCUUCUCUCUUUCUGCAUCUUCCUAUUAUAUUCCAAAAAGAAAUUAA